AUGAAUGUACUUCGAUCACCUACUGGAAGCGACACGAACUUUGAGCGUAGUGGUUCCCAACCAAAUCUAUCAAACAUGCCCAGUGCGCUAAUCUCCGAACCCUCAACGAUUACUUUUCGUAAUAAACGCAAGCAUUCCGACGGCGAAUAUGAUCAAGUCCAAUGUCAACUCUCUGAUAUUCAGAAAAUAAAUGACAGAAAUGAUGACACUCGUAACUUAAGGAGAGUGCUAAUGAAAUUUAGGAAUGACAUCGCAAUGAUAAGAUGUGAAAUUCAAGACAUUAGAGAUGCUAUACGAUCGACUGAGAAACGGAUAAUAAACCUAGCCACAAAUCAUAGUAACAUUCAAGACGAAAUACAAAGUCUCAAAAACUUUGCAGAGAAACCUGGGGAUAAAUUUGUGUCACUGGAGUCUAAUGUAGAAAACUUAAAAAAUCUACCAAGCGAUACAUCUAUAAAACCCUCCUAUGAAGAAAUACUGUCUGAAUUAAACAACCAAAGCAUGAGAAAAAAGAACAUAGUUAUUGCUGGUAUUCCUGAACCUCAGUCAACGGACGCCAAGGAACGUUUUGAUCUAGACAAAAUUAAAGUAGUCGAUGCUAUCAAAAACAAAGACUGCCCUGAACCAAAAAAAAUGUACGCAUUGGAAGAUACAAGCCAGGAACGGAUCGUGCAAUAA